CUUAAGGAAAAUGGACUUCUUCGAUGGUCGCAAUUACAGAGUCAAUAAAAUUCUAUUAUCGGCCAUUGGACAGUGGCCUUACCAAUCCUCUAGGACGAGCUAUAUUAUAGUCAUCGUCAUAGCGGCCAUAGCUUGUUCGCAAUUUCUCGCAAAGUUAUGCAGCAUGUUCUCCGACAUUCGCGACAUGGAUAUCGUGAUCGAGUGCCUUACUCCGAUAAUGAUUGACAUAUCAGGCAUGACGAAGGUAAUGAAUUCCAUGCUGUGCGUGAAUGAGAUGAGGGCAUUACUCGAUCGAGUACGAGAUGAUUUUCGCUCGUCGAGAAAUUCCAGUGACUUAGAGAUUCUUCAAAAGUGUGCCGAGAACGGAAGAAAAUUCUCGACCAUUUACAUUUACGCGAUGUAUACAGUAACGAUAAUAUUCAUGUUGACGCCUGUGCCACCGUUGAUAUUUCACGUUGCCAAUGAAACUCGGCCGAUGUUGCACAGAGUCGAAUAUUACGUCGACAUGGAUAAAUAUUACUUUCCAAUUUUAAUCCACGGAUAUCUCACCGCCGUGAUUUGCGUCACUUCCAUCGUCGCGACCGACGCGAUUUUCGUGAUAUUUGUGCAACACGUUUGCGGACUGUUUAUCGUGACUAGCUCGCGAAUAGAACGAGCGUUGCAGGGAGAAUAUUUGACGGACGCCAAUCUUCCGGUUUCGGAGGAUAAGGCGUAUCGAAAUAUGAUACAGUGUGUUCACAAUCACAGAGAGGCUAUAAGGUUCGUCAAUCUCAUAGAAGCUGCCUACUCCAAACAUUUUUUGUUCCAUGCUGGACUCAAUAUGUUGGCUAUAAGCAUUACGGGUGUUGGGGCUGUGACAAAAUCGGACGACUCGUCUGAGCUUCUUAAAUUAGUAGCGGUAUCGUGGGCGUUACUAUUUCAUUUAUGCUUCGAAUGUUUGAAUGCUCAGAAAUUAAUAGAUUAUAGCGGAUAUCUUCAUACUAAUCUAAUAAAUUUAAAAUGGUAUGAUGCGUCGCCCAGAACGAAGAAACUCGUUCUUUUCAUGAUGAUGAAAACGCAACCACCCUGUGUAUUAACGGCCGGCGGUAUGUUUGUUUUAUGCAUGCAAACGUUCGCUACGAUUGUGAAAACUGCUGUAUCAUAUUUCACUUUCCUACGCUCGGCGCAAUGAUGGAUUCUCCUUUUUUGAAAAUUGAUGUUGU